AGGAAAGACACUUUCUUUUUUUCAAUCACGAAAAAUAACGCGUACAUGGAAAUGCCAGGCCGACGUUGCCAGUUAUUAUUUUUAUUUGUAUUUCCAGGAAGGCAACGAAGUGGUGAAACUCCUGUUGCUCACAAAGAAUGGAAUUUACCCCAGAAGAAUUGGAAUUGCCUCCCUGCAAAUAUGAAUAUCUUGACCAUCCGGCUGAUGUUCAGUUACAUGCAUGGGGAGACGACUUGGGUGAAUGUUUUGAACAGGUUGCAGUUUCUAUGUAUGGAUACAUGACUGAGAUUGAUAAAGUAGAAAUACUUGAUAAACAAGAAAUAGAAGCCAGUGCAGAUGAUAUGCAAGGGCUUCUUUUUCAUUUUCUAGAUGAAUGUCUGUUUGUGUUUUCAGCAGAACCUUUUUUAAUUGCUAGAAAAGUUGUUAUUACAGAGUUUGAUAAAGAGGCAUUUACUAUCAAAGCCACCUUGUAUGGGGAGGAAUUUGACCUUGCCAAACAUCCACAGGGUACUGAGGUGAAAGCAAUAACUUAUGCUAGCAUGCAAGUUUAUGAUAAUCCAGGCCAGCACGAAGUAUUUGUAAUUAUUGAUAUUUGAUUGUUUAUUUUGUUAAAGCACAUUUCAUAUCUGUUAUAGUGUGGAGUUUCCCUUGAUUCUCACUACUUUUUAUAAAAAAUGAAUAUUCAAAUAAAUUGAUUGAUACA